AUGGGGCCGUGUCAUGUGGAACCUAUCAGACUACCACAACCCCAACCACCAGUCAGACCAAGGCAACCUCAACAACCCGUCACACCACUCCAACGUCAACCAACAACACCCCAGCCACAGACUCAAAAUGCGGGCAACCCGAGAGUUAGAGUCAAUGUGAGGCAAAUAAGAAUAUCGAGGGGGCAAAGUGGGACGGUUGACUGUAUUCCCGUGGGGUCUCCGCAGCCUAGGAUUCAGUGGAACAAGGAGGAAGGCGAUUUCAACAGCAGAGUGAGGCCGAACGGGAAUACUCUGAUAAUAUCCAACGCUCAAGAUGACGAUGGAGGUAACUACGUAUGCAACGGCCUUGUGGAUGCAACUACUGUUUGGACAGAAUACGUUCAAGUUGUGAUAGUACCAGGUAGCGAAGCUAUACCGUUACCGUAUCGUCCGGAACAGCUACCGAAACCUCUUGUCGUGCCUAUCGCCGAAGGCCAGGAUAUUACAAUAAGUUGUGACUUCAAAACUGGCGACGACCAACAGACAGUAUCAUGGAGCAGACUCGACCAGCGCCCAUUGCCACAAAAUGUUCAACUCAACGACAGAGAACUUAUCUUUCAGAGGGCCACCUCCGAAAACGCAGCCGAGUACCUCUGCAAAGUGACAGGCGGGGGUUUCUUGCUACGUCAGCUAUACCUCAAACUGACCGUGCUGGCAUUGCCGCGCGUUAUCAUCCGUCCGGAGAGACCAACAGUGACGCGCGGGGAGGAGUUGACAGUGGAGUGUAUCGCGGAAGGCAACGCUCAGGUGUCUUGGGAACGCGUUGACGGAGCUUUCUCUAGUCGCGUGGAGACCCGGGGCGCACAGCUGGUCUUCCGGAACAUAGAAGUAGAAGAUGGCGGAUCUUACAGAUGCGUUGCUCGAAACAACGCUGGGGAGACUGCCCUAACUACGCAAAUUAUCGUCAGUGAUAUACCGCCACCACAACAACAAAUAGAGCCACCACAAGCCAGCCCCAGAGUGACAGUCAACGUGCGGCAACUGAAGAUAGCAAGAGGGGAAAGUAGGACUGUGGACUGUACCCCCGAAGGGUCCCCGCUACCGAGAGUCCAGUGGAGCAAGGGAGAAGGCGAGUUCAGCAAUGGCGUUAGACAGGACGGAACCAAGCUGGUAAUAACCAACGCGCAAGAAAGUGACGCAGGGGACUACGUAUGCACCGGCGUUGUGCAGGCGUCACCGGUCUGGACGGAUUACCUGCAAGUUGUUAUAGAAGAUGUGGAACCGGUCGCCGAACCAAGACCAUCAGACCAAAAUCCCCCAAAAGUGAAAGUCAGCGAGUCACAAGUUAAUAUAACAGAGGGAGAGAGCAAAACUAUCGAAUGUUAUCCUGAGGGAUAUCCGCUGCCCGCCGUUCAGUGGACCAAGGAGGAAGGGCAAUUCACCAGCGGCACUAAACAGCAGGGCAAUUCGCUUGUGAUAUCUGUGGCUAUAGAAGACGACACGGGGUAUUACAUAUGCAGUGCCGUCGUGGAUGGAACGGCUGUAUACACUGACUACCUUACCGUUGAAGUUGGACGUAAUGGGAACAAAAUAGACAAGAGUGUAUGCAAACUGCCGUUGGAGACUAGUUGGUGCUAUGGCGUUCGUUGGUACUACGAUAUUGGUGAACACAAAUGCAUUUCUUACGCCUGGGGCGGCUGCGAGGGGAACGCCAACAAAUUCGAUAGCGAAGAGGCGUGCAACCUGACGUGCGAGGGCGUGUAACAGUGCAAAAGGAGGCGGUAAACACGACAAAACGCGACACGAACAAUUUAUCGAACUUUAACCUUUUCGACGACGUGUCAAACACAAAAGCUGUCACUCGGACGUCACGUCACCGAAGUGUCAAAACUGAAAUUGAACUUUAUGCAUAUGCAUGUAGGUCUAUGUUGCUCUGUCGUCUGUGACCGAUUAAUCCGUCUUUGGCGUUGGACCUGCGAUGCGGAUACAUCGAUCAUUGGCGUCCAAAAGG